UUCUGGCUCACGGUUCAGUCUCUAUCCUUCUAUCGAGUGAAUGUAUGCCAAUCCCUGCGGUGAAGUUCUCAUCGGAAGCUUUCGAUAUUCCAGGACGCGGAGUCGGCCGGGUAACCUUUCGUUUGACGGCUUGACGGGCGCCAAUGGAUCUCCGAUGGCACAACGACCGGUUCAGCGCAAUCAGAGCUUGGAUCCCGACACCAGACAUCUUCCGACGCGCAGAACGAAAUCCUACGACGAUAAAAGCAUUCGACAGAACUCCCGGAAGCUCACCUUCGAAGACGGCGUUUCCUUCACCUCGGUCAGUCCUGAUGGGCUCCAAAAGAUGGGCGAUCUCGGUACCGGAACCUGCGGCCAUGUUGUGAAGAUGCAGCACAUCGAGAGCGGACGUGUGAUGGCUGUCAAACAGAUGCGGAAAUCCGGGAACCUCCAGGAGAACAACCGUAUUUACAUGGAUCUCGAAGUUGUUCUCAGUUGUACCGCUUGUCCGUACAUAGUUCGUUGCUACGGAUAUUUCCUAACGGAUAGCGAUGUUUGGAUAUGCAUGGAGUUGAUGGACAGCUGCCUGGAAAAAUUACAACGGCGGAGGAAGGCACCCGUGCCCGAGGAAAUUCUUGGAUAUAUCAGCGUCUCAGUCCUCAAAGCCUUGGAUUACCUGAAGUCGAAGCACAAUGUCAUUCACAGGGACAUCAAACCGAGCAAUAUACUUCUAGAUAGAGAAGGGAACAUAAAACUCUGCGAUUUCGGCAUCGCAGGCCGUCUAAUUGAUUCGAAAGUGACUAGUCGUGACGCCGGCGUGGCCGGUUACAUCGCUCCAGAGCGCGUGGAUCCGAAACUCGCUGGAAGAGAGUACGACGUCCGAGCAGACGUUUGGUCGCUGGGUAUAGCACUCGUCGAGCUGGCGAUGGGUCAGCACCCGUUCGCUUCCUGUAAAACCGAUUUCGAGCUGCUCGUGCAAGUGAUGGAGAAAGACCCUCCGCGAUUGGAGGAACCGGCAUUCUCCCGAAGUUUCUGUAGUUUCGUCUCGUUGUGUCUGACCAAAAAUGUACACAAACGCCCGAAAUACAAACAAUUGCUUCAGGACCCAUUCAUCAAAACACAUGAUGUGAGCAUCGCGAAAGAGAGAGUGGCAGAGUGGUUCAACAGUGUAUCUUAGGGAAUUCUCGCCCGAGAUACCGACUCCUUGUUAUGUCUGGAAGCAAGCAAAAGGUCCGGGCGGAACGAUCGUGAUCAGGGCCAGAACUAAUAGUCAGAGUUUAAACGGAACCAAGGGGAGCAAUUCCUGGGUAAUCACCCUCGGAAGGCCGCGUGGAAUGUCACAGCUCGACCGUGGCGAUCUGUUCUACUUCCGACAAAAUAAUCGUGAUCAGGCUCGAAGUCAGUCUCUGCAUCGAUGCCUCAGGAAUCAUGGCUACGACUGAGUCCAGCCACCUCCAGGAACGGAAACCAAUCGUGAAACCUUGGAAACUGUUCCGCUUGGAGGUAUCGCCAUGCGAGAGGUUCAACCUGUAGAUUAUGUGUACCUGGGAGCAAAGAUAGAUCGGAAAGAAAUUCUGUUGUAAUCUCGUCCACGGUCCUAAGCACACCUCUGAGCUCUUUGCAUUAUUCGACCGAUUAGCAGGCUAUCACCGGAAUAGCGCUCCGGAAUCUCCAACUCGGACCUUGAUCGAUGUCUCACCUAUUCAUGAGGUUGCCAUAUCUGAAACAGCGCCGUCAACCAGCCAUUCGAGUUUACUAAGAACUCCACUCGGUGGGUCUUUUCCGGAAAUGACCGUCUCGCUAGGGAAAUGGACGGAUUCUCCGAAGCUUCGACUGCGCGGAGUCCGCUGUGAUCACGAGCAUUCAAGAAUAAUGCGAACAGAAGUCGACGGAAGUCAGCGGAAGCGUAGUGAAUCAUCAUGUACAUAAAUUAAUAAUGAAUAAAGUCA